AUGUCUAGCUUUCUAGACCAGUUUAUCAUGGAGGAUGUGGCCAAAAACUGUCCUAAGCAGUUUAUGGAGUACCACAAAUGUAUUUCUGCCAAUCAUGAAGAUCCUAGCCAAUGCCUAUACAGGCAACGGGAUCUUUCUCUAUGUAUCAAGGACAAGGUGCCCAGUAUUCAGAAAGUUAUGCAGAAUUGCAGCCAGCAGCUGUCAAGAUAUGAGGCGUGCGUUAGAGAGCACAUGGCCACUCGCACCAUCAACGAGAACUGUCUGGGACUUUUGCAGGAGAUGAGAAACUGCGCAGAGCAACAAGUCGGUGGGACCAGACCGAUUAACGAUAGUUGA